AUGCUUUUCAGACAAAGGUCCCCCCUUCCUCCCCUCCUCCCUCCCUUCAAUAUCGCCCCCUUGGAAGGCGUCGACAUUAGAGAUGGCAUCUCUCUCGAGGACCCCGAGACGGAAGAGGAAACGAUUGUCAAAGCGAAGCGUGCAGCAGUUCCUGGUACUCUUGUGGAGCCGCUGGGCUUGUUUGCUCGCCUCGUUCUGCGCGAACUGGACGACCUCGAGGGAAAGUGA